GACGCAUAGCUUCGGCUACUUCGUGGGACCGGAUACCAACGGUAGACGCGCUGAAUCAGUUUCUGGAAAAAGUGUCGAAGGCAGGUGAUGUGAGGUCCAAGAAAUGCAGGGCUCACAGAGCCCGUGAGGCUGCUCCUUCGAGACAAAUUGGCGAAAACACAUCCCACACCAAACACAAUUAGAGUCCAAUUCAAGAUGAUUACCAGCAAGCGGCAUGUCAUCAUCGCCGUCAUUUUCCGAUGUUCUAUCCACGUCCCAUGCCGAUCAAAUUGCCGCUUAAUACGACCAGAGGUACAAUUCUGACCGGUCUGUAUAAGAACCUCGAUCGCCGCACGGCUAUACCGACCUACCGUGCCUUUACAUCCUCCCACCAGCUCGCUCAGAUCGUUCCGCUCGCCCGCUCGCCCACCAUGGCCUCCAACAAAUACGACGCCGAAAAGGAAAUCAAGCGCAACCCACACGGCGACUUCAAAGCAGUGGAAGCCUCUCGCCCGCCAUUCGAUGCGAAUACAUCUUUUCACUACACGCAGACGCCCAAGCCAGAUUGGAAGACGGGCUCAGGUGCGAAUGACGCCUCGAACGCGUCGAAGCAGCACCGCUCCAUCGACCCCUACGAGUCCGGUCGCCCCGUCGUGCACAACUACAAACUGCUCAUCAGCGCCAUCAUACCGCGCCCCGUGGGUUUCACAAGCACAAUCUCAGGGGAUGGGAAGAGCACAAACCUCGCGCCGUUCAGCUACUUCAACAUGGUGAACCACGACCCGCCAAUUUUCGUGCUCGGGUUCGCAGGCGGGAUGGACCGGGCGAAAGACACGCUGAAGAACUUGCUCGAGACAAAGGAAGCGGUCAUCAAUAUCAUCAGCGAGGAAUAUGUGGAGGCUGCAAACUUCACGUCUAUCAAUGCCCCGGAGAGCGUAAGUGAGUGGAGUUUCAGCGGGCUGACGCCGGAGAAGUCCAAGGUUGUCAGACCGGACAGGGUCAAGGAGGCGGUGUUCAGCAUUGAGGCGAAGCUGGUUGAUACGACAGAGUGGACGAGUAAGAACCCUGAUACGCCGGGGAAGAAAACGGGCGUUACUGCUUUCCUCGAAGGGGUCAACUUCUGGGUCCGGGAGGAUGCGAUUGACGAGCAGGGCGUGCUUGUUGAUCCCGCAGUCAUGAAGCCGAUUUCGAGGCUGGGAGGCAUUACCUACGCGCGGACAACACAGGCUUUCGAGUUGCCUAGACCGGACUUUGCGGAGGUUACGAAGGAUCCUGAGGUCGAGAAGCUGGCGCAACCGAAGGGUAAAGGGCAGGAGUAGGUGUUGGGUUGAGAUUGGCGAUAGUUCUGUCUGACGACUCAAGAUCACCAGGCAAGUUGUGAAAGUGGUCGCUGCAAGCGCCAUUCAAAUGAAGAUAUCCCAUAGAGUGGUAGAUGGAAAGACAUGUCUUCGGUCAGCUACUCCUAUGUAGCUGGAAGGAAGAUACUUCAUCAAUUGUUUAUAUCGUUUGAUAGGUAUGCACAGCCUCGUAAGCGUGGUGAGUCGGUUGCUGCAUUGUGAGUCAAUCAAACAGGAUCACUG